CGAUUAAUCUCAGGUUACUGUUAAGGUCCCAUCAAUGAGCAAACAAAUAUGACCCUUAGAAAAGGCUGCAUUGAUUUUAGUAUUGAUUUUCAUGUUGUGGCUUCCACUUUAUGAUAUAUACUGUAUGCCUUGAUCUAUUACAGACAAAGAUAAGACGGCCUCUCUGAUUUGAACCAGAAUGAAUCGGGUGGAAGAAUGGGUUGUGGAGAACAAGGACAAGAUCGAAAAAGGAGUGGAAAUCAUGGGGCAAGGCUGCGAGGUUUUAGCAGCCACUGUUGGACAGUUUCAUCCCAUACUUGAGGCGGUAUUUAUGGCUUCCGCCGAGCUUCUGGGGAACCCAGAAGGCAAAGAGGCAAAGUUCCUCGCAGAACAAUUUGAAAAGAUCAACCAAAAACUGGAAGGGAUCCAAGACGAAAUUGAACAAAUUGCUUUGGAGUUGCAGCGGACGUCCAUGAACAAGCAGAACAUUGACCGUGAGGCCAAGAUUAUGAGCCAGUACGAGAAGUUUCAAGACUUUGUCAAUGCCAAGCCAAAGUUUAAGGAGAAGAAGAAGGAAAAGUUCAUAACCCAGUAUGAGAACACUGGUGGUGAAAUAAACAUUGAUUCCUUGUACAAUGCUGUAACUGGUGAAAAUAUCUCUGGGGAUGCCAUGUUGGACACAGUGGUGACCACAGACCAAAGGAGCAGGAAGCCGGUGGAGGAGUUUUGUGCCAGGCUAAAGAAGCUAUUCGUCAUGGGAAUUAUAGCAGUCAUGGGUCACGCCGCCCUGAAGGAGGGAGCGGUAGGUGAGGCAAUGGUGAAAAAAUGGCAGGAUCGCAUGGAAGAUGUUGAAAAGCGCAUGAAAGCGGCGGUGGAUGACUGCAUUGAGAAUUUCCCCGAGCAGGCCAAGGACGAUGUUGAGCGGCAACUGUUGGAGCGACAAGCCAACGUCAACCCAGAGUUCACCGGAUUUAUACUGGAUAUCCUCGAGAAGAAAUAUUACUGGGUUUCCUGGUCAGUUCGGGUCUUCAACCACAGUGGUAUAUUCUUCUGGAAUUGGCUAGCUGGCAAGAAGUACCACGGAAGUGGUGGAGGUGGCAACUUUUUUGACCUCCUGACCCCAAACAACAUCAGAAUCGUGGUGUCUUUCAGCGCUGACCCGAAACCGAUUAACAAGAGUGAGAUUGUAGAUCAGAUAGAGAUGCAGAAGCUGAAGGGCAACAUGCAGUCUGUGGCUCAGACGCUGUGGAAGACUCUUCCCAACACUGUGGUCCAUGCUAUUAGCUGCUAUAAGAAAGUAGAAGAGAAAAACAACUUCCAACCGGAGUGUUUCUACUUCGCGAGGCACAAGAAGGCAUACCUGUGCAUUCACUCUGAAUAGAUGUGCCAAACUUUGAUAUCAGUCUUAUAUAUAUUUCUGGUUUAGAACAUUUGAUUGUAUUAAAAAGUCAAACGUUAUCGAUAAAACAAAUGACGACUGAAUUGUGAUUGCGCACAUACUAUGAGAAACUAUGUUACUGCUGGUUUACUUUAUUUUCGCAUGUCAAUGCAUAAAUGGAAAAGAAACACAAAUAUAUGUCUGUGACCAAAUGUAAAAGUGUAUUUCAGAUCAAAUUGGUGUAUUUUCUAGUUUAGAAGAGAAAGUAGUUCCUCGAAAACUACAGACUCAUGGGGCUUUCUUUGUUAGUCGUGUUGUUUAGUGUUGUUUACAAUCAAAAAGCAUAUCAUUUAAAUGUUAGAUGUCUUUUCUUUGGGGGAAAUGCUAUUUCUAAAUGAAAUAUGAUGAAUACUCUAGCUAUAUAUUGUCUGUGAUUCAAGAAUCCUGUCAUUUUCAUGUUCAUGAUGGUAUGUAAUCACAAAUAAAAAACUAUGAUCUAGACAUUUGUUUCAAAGUAUCAACAGGCAUCACUUGUAUAUAUGUAUAUAACCCUAAAACAGCCAACGUAUCCUGGGAGAUACGACCCAAAUAAUCCUAAAUAAAUCAAAUACUUCAAAAAUAA